AUGGCUGACCAGAUUGACGUCCUGCUCUACGGCCUAGGAGCUAUUGGCUCCUUCUAUGCCUUCAUCCUGAACCGUUCCGACAGCGUACGUCUGACGGUAGUCGCGCGAUCGAAUUACGAUGCAGUACUCGCCAACGGAAUCACUAUCAACAGCGAGAAUCAUGGCCAGCACAACUUCCGUCCCUAUAAAGUUGUCAAAUCGCCCACAGAAGCAUCGCCGAUGGACUAUGUCGUCUGCGCACACAAGGCCAUUGAUCAAGACGAGGUGGCAGCCCAAUUGACGCCCGUCGUAGACCCCAGUCGUACCACCAUUGUGGUGAUCCAGAACGGUGUCGGCAAUGAAGAGCCAUUCCGGAAACAAUUCCCCCAAAACUCGAUUAUUACUUGCGUGACAUGGGUGGGAGCCAUGCAAACCAGCCCAGGCGUCGUCAAGCACAUUAAAUCCGAGGACACGCAGCUCGGUCUCUUCCCUAAUGAGCAAGUCGACAGCGCUCUUGAAAAACAACGCCUCGACACCUUCGCCGACCUCCUUCGACACGGCCAAACCCGCUUCCAAGUCAUUGAAAACAUGCAGCAACAACGAUGGGAGAAGGUUGUGUGGAAUGUGGCGUGGAACUCGUUGACUACGCUUACUAUGGUGGAUACACAAACUUGGUUACACUCCUCUCCCGAUGCGGAGCCAUUUACUCGCGCGCUCAUGCGUGAAGUUAUUGCUAUUGCUCGGGCAUGUGGCGUGCCAUUGUCGGAUGAGUUGGUUGACCAGCAGAUGGAUAAGAUCAAUUCUCUUCCUGGUAUUGGAAGCAGUAUGCAAACGGAUUGUAAGUCAGGACGGCCGAUGGAGAUUGAUGUUAUUCUGGGAUUCCCUGUGCGCAAGGCUAGAGAGCUGGGUAUAUCGGCGCCGUACCUCGAGGCCAUUUAUGUGAUUCUCCGAGCUGUGGAUGGCCGACUACGUGCUGCACUAUAG